ACACCGCAAGUGAAAAUUGGUGAAAAUGUCGGAAGGAGGAACAUUCCUUCUUUCGAUUUCGGGUCAAAUUGAAUUUGUGGAAGUGAUGGCAUCGAUUGGAUCCUCCUUCCACUGUAAAUACGAAUUCUGUUCAGGAACGGACUGGAAAAUUAUUGGUGGUCUGGAAGGCGGACUGUCCCAAAUCGUCAAUGUCGUAAACAAUAACGAUAAAAUAGUAUUAAAUUAUCCUGUGGAUGUACAAUUCAAAUCCACUAAUCCUUAUGGAUGGCCGCAAAUGAUAGUAAGCGUUUACAAAGGAAUGUCCUUAGAAGGUUACGGUAGAACUCACAUGCCAAUAAGACCAGGAAAUCAUCAUUUAGAAGUUGAACUUGCUAGACCGAAACCGUCCUCAUUCCUGGGAUAUAUUGGAUCAUUUUUUGGAUAUCAGCCAGAGUUACUACAACCAAAGAUGUUAGCUACAACUGCUGGAAAUCAUUUGAUAAGAAUGGAAACUUAUGGAAGAAUUCAUAUGAAUUUUAACGUGAUAUCCCAAGGCUUCUCGAGAUUAGGUUAUGAUUUCGGAAAAAUUAAUUAAUACUUGUUAAUUAGAUUUAAAAUAUUACUGACCUUAAUAAGACUAAAAACUAUAUACUUAGACUGUGCCUUUUAAAAUAAAAAUAAAGUCUGUCCAACGCGUAAAGGAAGAUUUCGACAGACCACAUCCAGAAAUUGAGAGAAUCAAAUCAAUUUGCUUGUGUAACCCCUGGUGUGACAGUCACAGCUGUCAUUGUCAGGAAUUUUCUUGUUGGACAGACUAUACCUACCAAUGACUAAAGAAUAUAAGGACUAAUAACACGCGAGACCAAAUUGUUACC